AUGACGAAAAAGGUCGAGGAAAUUCGUAUCCCGUCGAUUCGGUACCCGAGCAUUUAUCAUGAUCCGACCAAGAUCAGUGCACUGCCAGAGGUUACAAUAAUGAAACCGGGAAACGUGCCGUCUGUGCUGACUACAGUACGUGUCGGCCCUUAUCCUACUAUUGAGGAAUUCACAUCUGAAUCGAAGUCAAUGGUAGUCUUAGUCUACCUUUCAUCGGAUGUUAUAUCAAGACAUGUUUGUCUGACUACGCUCUCUAUAUGUGAAAGUGGUUUCACGUUUCCUGAAACAAAUUUCGCCAGUAAAGUGAUGGAAUCGGAGCACUCGUGCGAGGUUGUUGAAGAUCACUCCAAAAAACACGCAGCAUGUGAUAGUGCUUGUUUUGGGCUGUACUGUGGUGUGUAUAUGGCACUGUUCAAUGGUGCACCUGACUUGGCACUUCGUGCGAUUGAUGCCAUGCAUCAACGUGCGCAGUACGAGAUUCUAGCCGAAGUCGUAUUGAAAUGGGGAGAAUUUAGUUGUGAGCAGCUGAUUAACUCACGAGCUUUCGAUCCUAUGCUCUCGCAUCCACGCGCAGUGGCAAGUCAUGACUGGAGUUAUUGUAAAGAAAAACUUCGAAAAGGAUUAGUGACUACUGCCAGCUUGAGAAUACGAAAAAUGCCCGAGGAUAUUCCUAUACAGCCGGAACUGAAAGAAAAAGAGCAUUCUAUAAUAGAAGAAGAUGGUGUAGAAACCAUACUUCAGCUGCAUAUUGUUGAGUUGCAGACAAUACGAGAAGAGAAAACCAGCGAUGGAGGUGAUGUUAUUCAACGAUUGGAAGAGAUCGCUGAGUCGCCGCAUCCCUCAAAUAAAGUGGUCGAGAUGUCGUAUCGCAAAGAAAGCAUCGGAAUUGAAGAUUACAAUUCGAGUAAACAGCGCAAGUCUUCCAUAAACGAAGAAAAGAAAGAGGAUCGAUGCCGAAACGGAAUAAAUGAAAAGGAAAAGGAGCAGGCGGAUUCACCAGUAGUGGAAAGGCCAGAACAGCUUUACGGAGAGCGUCGUAUAUCGUCAUCUGAGGAUUCUGGUACGUACACGGUUAGCGGUUUGCGACAUAUGGAUAGUGGCAGUAGUACCCAGAGAAAUUCAAUCCAUUCUACCGUGCCAUCAAUGGGUCAAAUUGAACAGAAA